AUGCCAGUGAAGUAUGAUUCAAAGUUCCUGUGUAUUUUCAAAUAAUCUGUCCCCCUCCGUCUCCUACUUGCCCUUCUCUCUACAGUGACAUCAAGCUUCGGCUCUCCCACAAACGCCUCAUGAUCUUCACCUGCCGAGACAUGCCACACAGGGGCGACAGCGAGCACGACCGCCAGGCCCGCACCAAGGCUAGCGACCUCAAAGAGACUGGUGUGAUGAUAGACCUGAUGCAUCUGAUGAAGCCAGGUGGGUUCGACGUCUCGCUCUUCUUCUGCGACGUGGUGAGCCCCCCCGAGGACGAGGCUGAGCUGGGCCUGCAGAUGGAGCCUUGUAGGAAAUUGGAGGACCUCCAGAAGAGGGUCAGAGCCAAGGAGAUGAAGAAGAGAUCGUUCGCAAGGUUGAAUCUGUGUCUGGGGGAAGGGAUGAACAUGGCGGUGGGUGUGUACAUCACGGCCCUACAGACCAAGAAGCCUAACGCCAUCAAGCUCUACAGAGACAACAACGAGCCUGUCCGCACUAAGACACGACUCUACCACACACAGACGGGCAGCCUGCUGCUCCCCAGCGACACCAAGAAGGCUCAGGUGUAUGCAGGCAAGCAGAUAGUGAUGGAGAAAGACGAGGUGGAUGUGAUAAAGAAGUUUUCUGACCCGGGUCUGGAGCUGAUUGGGUUCAAGCCCAUGGAGCGUCUCAAACUGCACCAUCACCUCAGAUCUGCUGUCUUCAUCUACCCAGAGGAGGAAAUGGUCACAGGGAGUGCCUGUGUUUUCACAGCGUUGCUGCGCAGAUGUAGUGAGAGGAACGUGUUCAAUCUGUGUAAAUACACACAGAUUCUUAACUCUCCCACGCGCUUCUUAGUGCUGGUGCCCCAAAGAGAGGUGGAUGAGGGCCAGGCUCAGAUUGCAGCUCCAGGCUUCCAUGGCAUCUUCCUGCCCUACGCGGAUGACAUCCGUACCCUGGACACUCCUCAGCUCCCCAUGGCCUCCAACGCCCAGGUGGACAAGAUGAAGGUGAAAAAUCUGUCGAUGUGCCCUUGAGCAAGGCACUUAACCCUAAUUGCUCAUGUAAGUCGCUCUGGAUAAGAGCGUCUGCUAAAUGACAAAAAAAUAAAAUAAAUAAAAAUAAGGAGAUAGUACACAAGCUACACUUCAAAUACAGGAGUGAUGCGUUUGAGAACCCAGUCCUCCAGCAACACUACAGGAACCUGGAAGCCUUGGCUUUAGAUCUCAUGGCCCCAGAGCACGUAGAGGACCACACCAUGCCCAAUGUGAAUAUGAUGGACCAGCGUCUUGGUUCCCUGGCUCAGGAGUUCAGAGAUCUGGUGUACCCUGCUGACUACAACCCAGAGGGCAAGACUGCACCCAAACGCAAACCAGCUGAGGCGGCAGGCGGCGCAGAGAAGAAGCCCAAGGUGGAGAUGUCUGAGGACGAGCUGAGGGGUCACGUACAGAAAGGCACCCUGGGUAAGCUGACGGUGCCCGUGCUGAAGGACGCCUGUAAGCAGUUUGGGGUGAAGGUCACAGGGACCAAGAAACAGGAGCUAAUAGACGCCCUGACUGCACAGCUCACGAAAUUAGGCUUAGAUGUCAAAAUAUGUUGA